GCUCGGCGGCGCUCAGUAGCGCUCGCUCCGCACAGCAGAGUGCACGUCGCGACCCCGCCGCCACCACGCCGCCGCCGCAGCCGCACAGUCCGCCGUCCCCGCGCGGCAUGUGCACCUGACCCCGGCCUGCCCGAGCCUACCGCCUCCAGCACGACCCCCGCCGCCAGCACGACACGUGCGUGGUCUAGGGUUGCACUGAAUCGAUUUUCUGUCCCAACAUUCUGUUCGAACUGAUGACGAGUGAUAGUGAAACGUGAAUGUUUGUGAGCACAAGCCUCGAGAGCUGACAAGAAAUCGCACUGAAGUGUUAAUGUCGCCCGCAUCGCGCCAGUGGCGGUCGCACUGAGUAGGCUUCUAGAAUGAUCCCGCGGAGAAAGCACAACGCGUCGUCCGGCUCGCUGCCGGCGCCCGACGACAAGCACGCCAGCAACGACUACAUCCUGUCGGAGGGCGCGGCGCGAGGCGGCUGGCGCGCGGCGCUGCGGCGGCGCUGCAACCGCAAGACGCUGCACAAGAGGUUGCCCAUCACCGCCUGGCUGCCGCGGUACUCGGCGUCGCAGGCGCUGGGCGACGCCAUCGCAGGCGUGAGCGUGGGCCUGACGGUGAUCCCGCAGUCGCUGGCCUACGCCAACAUCGCGGGGCUGCCGCCGCAGUUCGGGCUGUACGGCUCGUUCCUGGGCUGCUUCGUGUACAUCGUGCUGGGCGGCUGCCGCGCCGUGCCCGCCGGCCCCACGGCCAUCGCGUCGCUGCUCACGUGGCAGGUGGCGGGCGGCGUGGUGCAGAAGGCCGUGCUGCUCAACCUGCUGGCCGGGCUCGUGGAACUGCUCAUGGGCGUGCUGGGACUCGGCUUCCUCGUCAACUUCGUGUCGGGCCCCGUGUCUUCGGGCUUCACGUCGGCCGUGGCGCUCAUGAUCGCCACCAGCCAGGUCAAGGACUUGUUCGCGAUCCCCGUGAGCGGCACCACGUUUCUGCAGCAAUGGAUCUCUAUCUUCCGCAACAUCCCCGACGCCGCGCUGUGGGACCCCGUGCUCGGCUUCGUGUGCAUCGCGCUGCUGCUGUCCAUGAGAAAGAUCGGCAUGGUGAAGCUGGGCGCCGACAACCCCGACGGGCCGAGCACGCGCCAGAAGGUGCUGACCAAGGCCAUGUGGCUGCUGGGCACGUGCCGCAACGCGCUGGUGGUGCUGGCGGGCGGCGCGCUGGGCGCCGCCGUGGCCGCGCGCGGCGAGGCGCCCGUGCGCCUCAUGGGAGCCAUCCCGUCGGGCGUGCCGGCGCCGGCGCUGCCCGCGCUGUCGUACGUGCGCGCCGACAACAGCACGGCCGGCUUCGUGGACAUGGUGUCGGAAAUGGGCUCCGGGCUGCUGGUGAUCCCGCUCAUCGUGCUGCUGGAGGACAUCGCCAUCUGCAAGGCCUUCUCGGACGGCCGCACCAUCGACGCCACGCAGGAGAUGAUCGCGCUGGGCAUGGCCAACGUGGCCAACGCCUUCGUGCAGGCCUUCCCGGGCGGCGGCUCGCUCGCGCGCUCCGUCGUGUCCAACGGCUCCGGCGUCAAGACGCCCUUCAACGGGCUCUACACGGGUGUGAUGGUGAUCGUGGCGCUGCAGUUCUUCACGCAGUACUUCGAGUACAUCCCCAAGGCGGCGCUCGCGGCCGUCAUCAUCUCCGCCAUCUUGUUCAUGGUGGAGUACGACGUCGUGAAGCCCAUGUGGCGCGCGAAGAAGCUGGACCUGGUGCCGGGCAUCGGCACGUUCGUGCUGUGCCUCACGCUGCCCAUCGAGCUGGGCAUCCUGGCGGGCGUGGUGGUCAACAUCGUGUUCAUCCUGUACCACGCCGCGCGGCCCAAGUUCUCGGUGGAGAUGCUGCGCACGGCGGCGGGCGCCGAGUACCUGAUGAUCACGCCCGACCGCUGCCUGAUGUUCCCGUCCGUGGACUACGUGCGGCGCCUGGUCACCAAGAGCGCGGGCGGCGGCACGCCCGUGGUGCUGGAGUGCACGCACAUCUACAGCGCCGACUACACGGCCGCCAAGAGCAUCGAGCAGCUCACGGCCGACUUCCACGCGCGCCAGCAGCCGCUGUACUUCUACAACGUGAAGCCGUCCGUGUGCUCCAUCUUCGAGGCCGUGACCAAGCCCGAGCACUUCGUGGUGUUCUACGAGGACGACGAGCUGGAGCGGCUGCUGGCCGCCGACCCGCGGCUCGCGCCCGCCAAGCCGCCGCCGCCGCUGCUCGCCUGAGCCGCCGCCCCCGCUAGCCUGAGCCGCCGUCCCCGCUAGCCUGAGCCGCCGUCCCCGCUAGCCUGAGCCGCCGCUCCCGCUAGCCUGAGCCGCCGCUCCGCACAGAGCUAUUUUUCUAAGACUAUUUCGAUGUCGAAGAUGACUCCGCGAGUCGCGCGUAUCGUUGUGAUGUAGAGUAUAAAGUUAGAGUCUAUCGCCCCGGCGCUGAGCGAUCACAGAUUGCAAGGUAUUUUAUUAUUAGCGGUCGUUAAGCUGUGAAUUAUUAGGGACCGCUCGAAGGUUACAAAGCUAAGUCUAAGUGUCAUAGAUCAUUUUAUUUAUUAUAGGUAAACCAGUACAAGUUAGGUUGUAAAUAUACGAAGUAUGUGAUAGGCGCCGCGCGUGCGAGCGAGAUGCGUGUGCGAGAGUGCGUGCGAGAGCGAGAGGUCGCGCGGCGUCGCCGCCGGUGUGAGCGAGAGAGAGAGAGGGCGAGCGCCGAAUCCGUUUCUUGUGAUCCACGACUAUAGUACCUAUUCAAUUUACUGUUAGAUACUUAAUAGAUUAAUAAAUAAACAUUAUUUUAAAUAAAACUAUUAAAAAAUGACUUAUUUAGUAAUUAUAAAUUUAAAAUUAUAAAUAUGGUGCGUUUAAAUGAAUGACUAAUGUUUCCCAGUUCCAAGAACAAAAUAAUUACACUCUUUGAGAGUUAAUAAGGA